AUGCAGGUCCCCCUCUUCCGCCUCGGGUGCGGCGUCAACUCGUACGAAUGGGGCAAAAAGGGCUCCGGCUCGGCCGUCGCCCGCUUCGCCGCCGCCACGCCCUCGGAGCCGCUGUCGAUAGAGCCGGGCAAGCCCUACGCCGAGCUGUGGAUGGGAACACACCCCUCCAACCCAUCCAAGGACCUCGCCACCGGCCGCACCCUCGUCGACCUCUUCACAGGCAACAAGGCCCUCCUCUCCACCACCGUCUCGGCACGCUACGGCGACAGGCUGCCCUUUCUCUUCAAGGUCCUCUCCAUCAACAAGGCCCUCUCCAUCCAGGCCCACCCCAACAAGAAGCUCGCCGAGCAGUUGCACGCCCGGGACCCCCAAAACUACCCCGACGACAACCACAAGCCCGAAAUGGCCAUUGCCAUCACCCCCUUUGAGGGCUUGUGCGGCUUUCGCCCUCUCGCAGAGGUGGCCCACUUCCUCGACACCCUGCCGCCCCUGAGACGGCUGGUAGGGGAGGACAAGGCCAGCGGCCUCGCCCGGGCGGCCGCCAAGGACAACGGCGAGGACAAGCAGGCCUGCAAGGCGGCGCUGAAGGCGGCGUUUGGCGGUCUCAUGUCGUCGUCGGCAGAGAGCCUCGAGCGCGAGCUGCCGCAGCUCGUCGACUUGGCCAAGUCGGAGGGCGCCAAGUUUGCGGGGGGCGGCGUUGCGUCAACGGCGGGCGAGACGCUGGCAGAGCUGGUGACGCGGCUGCACGGGCAGUUUGGGCACGACAUUGGCCUAGCGGUGCUCUUCUUGCUUAACUUUGUGACGCUGCAGCCGGGCGAGGCGCUCUUCCUCGGGGCCGAUGACAUCCAUGCCUACGUGUCGGGCGACAUCAUGGAGUGCAUGGCUGCGUCGGACAACGUGGUGCGGGCGGGGCUGACGCCCAAGUUCAAGGACGUGGCGACGCUCGUCGACAUGCUGACGUACAACUACGCGCCGAUUGAGGAGCAAAAGAUGGUCCCGACGGCGUAUCCUUACGCGACGCUCAACCGCAUCGCCUACAGCUCCGGGUCGGCCGUAGUGCUCUACGACCCGCCAAUUGACGAGUUCGCCGUGGUGCGGACGCUGCUGCGGGGCGAGGGGGCCAAGGCAACGUUUGAGCCCAUUGACGGGCCGAGCAUUGUGAUGUGCACGAGCGGAAAGGGCACCAUUGCGGUGGGGACGACGAGGCUCGACGUGAGCGAGGGCCACGUGUUUUUUGUCGGGUCGACGGCCGAGUGCGUGCUCGAGGCCGGGGCGGUGGGGGACGACGGCGAGUUUACGACCUUCAAGGCAUUUUGCGAGGUGGACGACGCAUCGGACAGGCAGAGGCUGUAG